CGAGUCUCGAAUCUCGACUCCUGCAGAUGUGCCGCUCGCAACAGGACAGACGGUCCUCCAGUCAGGCCCGUGCACAGCAACUUCCAGCGCAAAAUGGCGGCUGUCCAGACAGCUGCGAUUGGCUCCAGCAAAGGUUUCACAACCUGCCAAUACAGAAUCCUUGGUCGUAACACUGCAGGGGAAAAUGCUUUCCUGGGUGCUGGGUGUGCUUCGUUGAAGGGAAGGCCACAAUGGGGCAAAACGAGCUGCCGCGAAAAGAAUGGCAUUCUUGCUGCAGUGAGCACCACCCAGGAGGCUGCGAUACAGGCAACGGCAAAUGCAGGAGGGGAGCCUCUUUUGCUGAGGACUAUGAAAGGGGAGAAGACAGAAAGGCCGCCCGUGUGGAUGAUGCGGCAAGCGGGCAGGUACAUGAAAGUAUACCGUGAUUUGUGUCAGAAGCACCCCACCUUCCGGGAGCGGUCCGAGAAUGUGGAUCUCUCUGUGGAGAUAUCCUUGCAACCGUGGAGGGCAUUCCAGCCAGAUGGGGUCAUCUUGUUCUCCGACAUCCUGACCCCCCUCACGGGCAUGAACAUUCCUUUUGACAUCCUACAAGGAAAGGGUCCCGUCAUCCACAACCCCAUCCGAACGCUCCAGGACGUCGAUGCCGUGCGGCCACUUGUUCCGGAGGAAGCGGUGCCGUAUGUUGGGGAGACUCUGACCAUCCUGCGGAAGGAAGUGGGGGAUGCUUCAGCAGUGCUGGGCUUCGUUGGGGCCCCGUUUACCCUGGCGUCGUACAUUGUUGAGGGGGGCCCCUCCAAGCACUUCAUCAACAUCAAGAAGAUGGCAUUUGCGCAGCCCCAGACGCUCCAUGCGCUGUUGCAGAAGCUUGCUGAUGCAGUCACUACGUAUGUACGCUAUCAGGCGGACACUGGGGCCCAAGCAGUGCAGAUAUUCGAUUCCUGGGCUACUGAGCUGAGCCCUGUCGACUUCGAGGUCUUCAGUCUCCCUUACCUGCAACAAAUUGUGGAUGGAGUCAAGGAGACCCACCCAGAUCUUCCUAUCAUUCUUUAUGCAUCCGGAAGUGGCGGGCUUCUUGAGAGGAUGGCAAGGACCGGUGUUGCGUGCAUCAGUGUUGACUGGACGGUGGACAUGGCUGAAGCAAGGCAGAGAAUCGGAAGCGCACAAGCUGUCCAAGGAAACAUGGAUCCGGCGACACUCUUUGGCCCGAAGGACUUCAUCUCGGAGAGGAUACAUGACACCAUCAGGAAGGCCGGCAACCACAAACAUAUUAUGAACCUAGGGCACGGGGUCCUAGUCGGGACCCCGGAAGAGCACGUGGCACAUUACUUCGAAGUAGCUAAGAAUGUGAGGUACUCCCAAUAGAAACUGGGUACGAUCUUUUAGAUUGCGGGCAUAUCGGAAACGGCUGCUUGUGAAGGUAACAUUCACCUCACGUGGUCCAUAAGGGAAGUUAUUCACUCAAACGCAGAAGCUGGAUCCAUUUCCUGGUGCAAGGGACAAGAAAUAUAGAGGCAACAAUUGAGGGUUUUACAUGGGUCUCCUGAGUUUCGGAGGCUUACUCGACAAAAAUAAGCACUUGGUCUUCACCAGAUCCCAUGUGCACUGUUCAUUUACGCGCACAUCUAACCGGCCGGAUCAGUCGA